CAUGUUUGACGAGUAUAACCUAAACAUCCGGAAGAACAGUUUGCACCAGUUCUGGAAGGACCGUCUGUACGAAAGCCGCAGGUCCUGAAGAUGUCGUACUUGGAACCUGAUCAAGAACAUCUACCUGGAAUACCGAAGAAGUCACCGCAACUCCCGCCCGCAAACGCUCAUCUCGCGACGGCGCAGCUUCGGCCGGAUGAACUGGCAACAUCUGUGUCAUUCUCGAAGGAGGACGAAGUGAUAGGGAACUAUCGGUUCAGGCGCUUCAUUUCCCAGCCGGAAACGUCGACUUCCCUUCCCGAAUUAACAACCAAUGGCCAACUCCUCCAAACCUGUCCAGAUGAUGGCCGGCAACGAGACCACCCUGUUCUCUACAUCGCUGUCGCGCUUCAAAAUGAAGGCCGCGUUGUUGCUGCCCAAAGAAACGUCCAUCCUUAA